AUGACAACCCAAAAACUCUUCAACCCGCGUUUCCUCCUCAUAAGCCUAGGAAACCCCGCCCCGUAUACAGAUACCCUUCACUCCGCAGGCCACCACGCCCUGAAACAGCUUCAAGGCCUUCUCUCCCCUUCACAGCCCGCCUUCAAGAGGACAGAUCUAUUCGGCAAAUCCUGCAAGGCCUCGAUUGGCGACAAGUACACUCUGGUCCAAUGCCCAACUCUCAUGAACGUCUCUGGAGGCUUCACUGCUAAGGCAUGGCAAAAGGCGCUUGCGACACAAGAAAACCCUGCGGAUUUGCAUCUGGUGGUUGUGCACGAUGACCUGGAGGAGGAUUUGGGUGUGGUCAAGAUGAGAAAGUGGAAGAGCAGUCAUAGGGGUCACAACGGCAUCAAGAGCAUUCUUGCGAGACUGCGCGAGGCGGACUAUCCGGGCGCAAAGUGGGCGAGGAUAUCUGUUGGGAUUGGACGGCCCGACGCGCGGGAGAAGGCUACAGUGGCUAACUACGUGCUUCGCCCUAUGACGGCCGACGAGAUUUUGACCUUGGAAGACAAGGCGGCACCAGGUGUCUUGGAUUGUCUUCUUGAAUGGGAGAAGCAGCUGGCGGCUCGGGCCGGAAAGUGA